AUGUUUGAAUCGUUGGUGUCGCGGUUGACGUCACCGCCGGUGUCGCGGCGGAGGCAUACUGUGCACGCGUCACGGGAAGUCUGCAGUGAACCAGAAGAAGAGGCCGCUCCAGUACAGCGACGCUCACGCACAGCUAAACAACUCCUCGACAAGCGACGCAAGGCGAGACUCUCUUGCGCAGACCUCACCACUGCUGCUAAUGCCGAGCCCGAGAAGUCAUCUCGCAUUGAUGCUCUCAAAGCUUUCUUGCCAUUGCGACAGUCCAAGUCCCUUGGACGACUUGACGGUCUUAAAGAGUUAAAAAGUAAAGUUUUCAAUGAAAUAGUCAAAGACAUAUUUGUAGGCAAUAGUCACGUAACUGUUACGAAAAUUGGCUGGUCAUUGCUGACAGUUGGCGAUGGCUUCCAGCAUCUCGGUUGCGACACUCGCUCUGCGCGGCCUUGCGGCCUUCGCGCGCACAGCCGCACCUUUUGCCCCGUGCCGCACGACGCACGAUUCUUCCUAUAA